AUGUCUAAUCUCGAAUCCUCCCAGCAAACCUCCAGCUCAAUCAAACUCACUCAACGAGAAGAUCGAUCAAGUCUAAGCAGUAUAUCCCAAAAAGCCAUCAAAACCUUCUCCAAAACGAUCCUCAAAACGCAUCCUCCACUCCCCUCGGGAUCCCCCCAAUUAACCCCCCACCACUCCACCAAAAAACAUUGUCAAAUAACCGAACAUCAAAUCGCUGAUACAUACAUCUACACCUUUUCCUCACUCUCUCCACCCAGCUCACCCUCAGCCUCACCUUCAUCCCGGAUCAUCCUCGACAAAUUAUACUAUUUCGCCGGCGGCGGAUUCCGAAGCGGUGCACUGAAGGAACACUGGACACUCUGCGCAGAGCUCUGCAGGAAAUUACCAGAAUAUCAGAUAAAUCUCGUUAGUUAUCCUCUCGCGCCCAAUUCACCCGCUACGCAUUCACUUCCGCAUCUAAGGAGAUUUUAUGAUGCGGUUGCUGCACAGGCACAAGAUGAUGGGUGUAGGAUUUCUUUGAUGGGGGAUUCGUCUGGUGGGAAUAUUGCUUUGGUGUUGGGGAUUUAUGGCGCGAAUCAAUAUUUAGAGGGUGGAUGUGGAGAGGAGGAAAUUUGUCCGUUGAGAAAUAUCAUGGUCAUGUCACCUCCUACCGAUCUUCGAAAUACGCAUCCGGGAAUCGACGAAAUUGAUACUCAUGAUCCGAUUUUGAGUCGAACGGUCAUUACCGAGGUUGCGGAAAGAUGGGGUCAUGAAUUAGCGGUUGAUGAUCCUACGGUUUCUCCUCUCCUAGCUGAUUUAAGUGUGUUUAAAAAAGCGAAUGUACAGGUAGAUGGUGUGGUGGGUUUAUAUGAUUGUUUGGCGCCGGAUUCGGUAGAGUUUAGAAAGAAAUUGGAGAGUGAGGGCGUGAAGGGUGAAUGGUUAGAGUGGGAUAAACAGAUGCAUUGUUUUCCUUUGACGUUUUCGUAUCGGAUACCCGAGGGUGUGUUUGGGAAGGAUUGGAUUGUUGAGGUUUUGAGGCGUAAUGUGGAGGAUUCUUUAGAGUAA